CUAAUCGCUAAACGCUUGAUAAUAAACGAGCAAAUUGUAUUAUUAUACGAACUUGCAUUUAUAACAUAAAAGAUAUGCUUAUAUCAUAGGAUAAUAAUUAUUGGAAAAGCAGUUCUUUACGCUUUCAACGAGAUUCUGGAGAUUAGUAAGCAUUUACGACGUACUGCGUUUUAUGGUGAGGCACAAAAUAAACAUUAGCUAAUAUUACCGUUAUAAAAUUCUUGACAAGUACAUAGUAAGCAUGAGGUAUUAUUGAAGUGUUAAUGACGAUUUCUAAUAAUAGCCUUCAAAAAUACAAUAGCAACGUUGUUUCUUAUCUCUUAUAAAAUAACAUCCUAGAAAUCAAGUAUAUGUACAUAUAUAAUGAACGAUAAAAAAAAACGGCGCAGAGAAUCGAAACUAGAGAGAAACUUAUUUAACGGCCAUGCAAUACCUUGACCACCACAAGAAAUAGACCGUGUUAAAGUUGUACAAGAUCAGAUUAAGAAAUUCAUGAGAUAAUGUCAUAGAUGAAUAAGCGCGGGAAAUACGUUCAACAAUCGUAAAAUCCACAAGAAAUUCGCAAAGGUGAUUGGAGGAAAAGGAGGGGCAAUGCGCUGAGUUGAAGGGCGCGCGGUAACAACGGAGAGGAGAGGAGAGGAGAAACAAGAUCCGAUGGAGAGGGAAUAACCGACUCAUAAACAUUGCAUGCUCAGCGUCAGUACUUCUUUAGUUCAAAGUAAAACAUCACAGCAAUUCGAGCACAACGUUGUCUUGUUUUUUAGCGGCCGCAGCUUUUGCCUAUCUUUCUUCCUCUCGAGUAAUAUGUAAUAACACGAAUUCGAUAGUCUAUCAAUAAGUUGUUCUCAACUGGUGAAAGAAAGAAAACCGGAAACAACGAUACCUAGCAAAUUUUACUGGUAAAACGAGUUUUAGCUGCGUUUUAGAAAAUCAGUGCAACCUCACAUCAGCGGGUUUCAUUAUAAAUUGAAAGAAUAGAAAAAAGAGCGGAUUAAGAGUUAGAGAGAGAAAAGAGAGAUUAAGAGAGUCAAGAGUUGAUCGAAAGUAUCAAGAAGGAAGGAAGAUAUACACGGAAAUUUCUACGAAGAGAAUAAAUUCUGAAUCUAGUUAUUCUCGAAGAUACCUCGGGUUAGAACGAUGGAUUUAGUCUACGUUCCCGAAAUUUUGACCUACGGUUUCUUUAGAGCUCCUCAGUAUCGGGACUACGAGCAGCCGUGGAAUAAAGAUUAUUUUAAUUGUGGUAAGUCAACACAAGUUCAUUCUCAACGAUUGCCACAACAUCAUGAACAAAAAGCACUUUCGAAAGAAAAUUGUUACUUGUGCCGGGAGAACAAGAGAAGAAGUCUCGCGGCUUAUAUACGAGAAAAAUCACGAAGGAAUUCUUGCCAACAAAUUCACGAAGAAGAAGAAGAACAUGACUGCACAGACACUAAAGAAGGAAUCACGAAAACUGAUAAGAAAACGUCAAAGAAAGUUUUAGAAAAUAACGGAUGUAUAAAAAUGAAUAACAUAACAAAAAACGUCAAAUAGAAAUAGAAUGUUUACUUAUUCAUGUUUCAGCAUUUUAAUAUGGUUUCCAGAAAUUGAUACCGAAACAGACGUACCUCGUAUAUAAGGAAUGCAGAAUUAUUGUACCAAACUUCUAUGAUACAUGUAUUAUAUUAUGAUGUGAUGAUUUGAAAUGUUAUUUACCUUUAAAUACUUUUUUCAUAGAACGAAAAAUUUUAAGUUUAUAUUUGUAUUUGUAACAAUUUUAUAUGUUCAAAACCUGUAUAAUGAAUAAUUUAUGUUAUUUUAUAUCUCCUCUGCUAUUUGAUAUAAUGCACAAUUUAUUGAUUUUUUAAAAUAUUAUUUAAAAAAACAUUUUCUACAUAUUCAUGAAAUUAGUAGUUUAGGUAUUAUUUUAAAUGAUACAUAUAUUGAAACAUUUUGUACAAAUAUCGCAAAAAAUCAUCAAUGAAGUACAUAAUAUAUGUAUAUCCUAACAAUUUUUUAUAAUGUGUUAUUCUGUACAUGAGUAACACAAGGUUAUAAAGCAACUGAUAAUAUUAUCUGCCUUUUUUCCCAAAAUCUAGCAUAACCAAUAAUUGCAUUUACAGUUAAUAUGAACUGCAUUAAACUAUAAAUUGACAUAUAUUUAUACUAUUCUAGAAAUACUUUAAUAUUUAAAAAAAGUAGAUUAACUAGAUAUUCAAUGAAGAAUUGAAUAAUUUAUAAGACUGAAUAUGUACAUAAAGUUAUAUAAAAAAAUACAUCUUCAAAAAUAAAGUAAACCUAACUUAAGUUUUCUGUAUAUUGUAUAAGAAAAGAAAACAUAUACAUAAGUAAUGAUUCACUAAUCAUUAAAGCCAUAAAAGUCAUAACAGCUUUAAUGACUGUUACAACAAAGAACUUUGUCAUUGAAGAUUCAAUAAAAAAAAAAUUAUUUACUUAUGUCAAA